UGUUGUUUUUUAUAGACAUCUCCAAGGGCCGCUAAUUCAAGAGAUUUAUUCGGGUGAUAUAUACACCUCUCUCGUUCUCUAUUAGCCCUCAGCCUCCAGUCAUAUGGUAUAAGCUUAGUAGCAUCUUUGUAUGAGUGCUAGUGCUUGAACCUGCUGCCCUUUUUAACCGGGAGCUGAACAGCAUUGCAAAAUUGUAAUCAUGGCUGACACUUUGUCUCUACCCGUUGAACGACAAGUUAAAAUGGGUCUUGAAAAAUCUGAUGUAGAGAUCUCUGAGGAUGAGAGGAAGACAAGGCUUGGGUCUCUUAAGAAAAAGGCAAUCAGUGCCUCAAGCAAGUUUAGACAUUCUCUUAAAAAGAAGAGCAAGAGACAUAGUAGAGUUAUGUCCGCUGCUAGUAUAGAGGAUAACCUCGAUGCUGAAGAGCUACAGGCAGUGGAUGCGUUCCGCCAGGCACUUAUCUUAGAUGAACUACUACCUGCAAAACAUGAUGACCAUCAUAUGAUGCUAAGAUUUCUGAGGGCCAGGAAAUUUGAUCUUGAUAAAGCAAAGCAAAUGUGGGCUGAUAUGCUCCAGUGGAGGAAGGAUUUUGGGGCUGACACAAUCAUGGAGGACUUUGAUUUCAAGGAGUACAAUGAAGUGGUUAAGUACUAUCCACAAGGAUAUCAUGGAGUUGAUAAGGAUGGACGACCUGUUUAUAUUGAAAGACUUGGUCAAGUUGAUGCUAACAAGCUGACUCAAGUAACAACAAUAGACCGCUAUCUGAAGUACCAUGUAAAGGAGUUUGAGAAGACCUUUGCUAUUAAGUUUCCUGCUGCAUCAAUUGCAGCAAAAAAACACAUAAAUCAGAGCACAACCAUAUUGGAUGUGGAAGGAGUGGGGCUUAAAAGCUUCAACAAGACUGCAAGGGAGCUCCUUCAGCGCCUUCAGAAGAUUGAUGGUGACAAUUAUCCUGAGACUCUGAACCGCAUGUUUAUCAUCAAUGCUGGCUCUGGAUUUAGGCUCUUAUGGAGCACAGUUAAAUCGUUCCUUGACCCAAAGACCACUGCAAAAAUCCAUGUUUUGGGUAACAAAUAUCAGAGCAAAUUGCUUGAAGUAAUUGAUGCAAAUGAACUGCCAGAGUUUUUGGGGGGUACUUGUAAUUGUGCUGACAAAGGCGGUUGCAUGCUUUCUGACAAGGGUCCAUGGAACGAUCCAGAAAUAUUAAAGAGGGUUCACAAUGGUGAAGCCAAGUGCACAAGGAGGAAUAUGUCAGGCGUUGAGGAGAAACCAUGCCGAGAGAGGAGUUAUUCCUCCGAUGCAGAAACAGCUUUGGACACUGCUGAAUGCCAUGUAGAGAAUACACCACUAUCUCCUGUUGCUGAAUCUCCUAUCAAGAAAAAGUGCCAGGAUUCCUUUCCCUAUGACAAAUUUAUUCCAAUGGUUGACAAAAGUGUAGAUGCUUCCUGGCCUAAAUCACUGGGAAAUGAAAAUUUUGCCUUGUCAAAAGACUGUUACUACAUGAAGGAUGAUAGGAGCGCUACUGAAGGAAUGAGCACCAACAUUUUCGGAGGAAUCAUGGCCUUCGUUAUGGGUAUUGUAACCAUGGUUCGCUUGUCCCGCAGCAUGCCAAGGAAACUAACUGAAGCUGCUUUGUAUGGUGGUCAAGUUUACUACGCUAACCCAAUGAUCACAGGCCAUGCCGCUCAGCUACCACCACCUAUCACUAGCGCUGACUACUUCGCCAUGAUGAAACGCAUGGCUGAAUUGGAAGAGAAGGUGAGUUUCCUUGUGGGGAAACCAGCAGCUAUGCCACCCGAGAAAGAGGAGAUGUUGAAUGCUGCUUUAAGCAGGGUCUGCACCCUGGAAGAAGAGCUAUCUGCAGCUAAGAAGGCACUUGAGGAAGCCCUCGAUAAACAGCAGGAGCUUCAAACCUACAUUGACAAGAAAAAGAAGAAGAAGAAGUUUGUAAGUUAUCAAAGUUUUUACUGCUUCACUAGUUAAGAUCAUGCAAAUUUCAGUUACAUAUUCAGGA